AUGCCUCGACCAUCUAAAAGAAAAGCUGCACACCAAAAAGUGUCUCGAGAUAAGGAAGGCAGAUUUAUUAAAAGUGAACUUGAUUUUGUUAAUACAGAAGCUAGCACGUUAAAGAUAGUGGAAACUGGAUUGGAUAAUGAUUUAUUAAGCGAACAGUUUUGGGAAAAUGAUGAAAUAAGUGAUUGGGGAAGUGAUGUCGAUUCAGAGGCAGAACAAGAUAUUUGUAAUAAACUUUCAAGAGAUAAUAUUUGGUUAAAGUGGAGAUCAGAUGCCAAUUUAAAAAAAAGUAGCCGUG